AUGAAACCCAGAGACGUACUCGUGGCGUCCGCCACUCUCCUCUCCAUCGGCAGUGCACAUGGCUCUCCUCCACAAGAAGAAAUAGCCAAUCCCGCCGACGAUUGGGCAUUGUACCACAUGCAAGAAGAGCACCACAUCUCCAACUUCGACCCAACCUCAUUCUUCUCCCUCCACGACUUCAACAACGACGGCAUCUGGACCCCCGACGAAGUUCGCAGAACCUACGGCCUGGACGAUGAAUCUCUACAGUCAACCCCCCCGGAAGUCAAAGAUAAAGCCGUUCGCGACGUCUUUAGCAUCUUCGAUCCAGCCUCCUCCGGUGCCAUCACUAAGGAUCAAUGGCUGGACGGAAUCCGGGUCGGCCAUACACUGCCCGAUUUCGGGCUUGGACCAGGCCAUCACGGCGACGACGAAUAUGAAUACGAAAUCCACCAUUUUGAAAAAUACCAUGACGAGAACACGAAAGAGGAGGACCUUAUUCAUCCUGAGGAUAUAGAGCAUUUUCGAAAACAUGACCUGAUGGAGGACGAGGCCGAGCGCGUACUCAGGGAACAGCAACUGAGUAUUGUGGAGAAAAACAUUCCCGUGAAGUUUCGGAGACAGUCAUGA